AUGCGCCGUGAUUUGUUGGAAAUGUUCCUCGACGACGCAGGUGGCUUUGAGAAGUGCCUGGGGCUGGAGUACGCGAGCCACGACGCCGGAAUCGAGGACAGUAUAAGGAACCCUGACCCCUUGCUCGACCGCAUGGGACCUAUUACGGAUAGGCUCUUUAGCUUGAGCCUUGCUGAUGAUUACGACUAUGGAGGUAAACUCGGAGCUAGGAUCAAAGCGGGCGGGUUUGCUGGCGAGGCGAUGCCUCAUCCCCAGAUCAGUCUCCAGGAGAGCGUCUUUGGUCUUUCUUGCCGGGAAGAUGGGGUCCUACAGAGAUCGAAUUGCUAUGGCCUUGUUGCACCUGAGGAAAGACGGCCAAAGGCCAAGACCCAAAGCACGGCAAAGUACGAUGACCAGCGGCCAAACAGCAGCAUCAAAGUGUCCGCAUCAAGCCCGAGGUCGGUUUGCUAG